ACGCCCAGGGCAACCGCUCCUCGGAGCACGCCUUCUUCUCCCUGGAUUACCAGCACGUCCAGGUGCCCUUUGAAAUCACGCUCUGGAUCAUGCUGGCGUCCUUGGCCAAAAUAGGGUUCCACCUCUACAACAAGCUGCCUUCCGUCGUUCCCGAAAGCUGUUUGUUGAUAUUUGUGGGACUCAUCAUGGGGGGAAUCAUCUACGGAUUCAAUGAUAGGUCACCACCAGUGAUGGACAGCGACAUCUUUUUCCUCUACCUCCUGCCCCCCAUCGUGCUGGACGCCGGCUACUUCAUGCCCAGCCGCCCCUUUUUCGAGAACAUCGGCACCAUCCUGCUCUACGCCGUGGUGGGCACCAUCUGGAACGUGUUUGGGAUCGGCUUUUCCCUCUAUGGGAUCUGCCAGGUGAAAGCCUUCCGGCUGCAGGACGUGUCCCUGCUGCACAACCUCCUGUUCGGCAGCCUCAUCGCCGCCGUGGACCCCGUGGCCGUGCUGGCCGUCUUCGAGGAGAUCCACGUCAACGAGAAGCUGCACAUCCUGGUUUUUGGGGAAUCGCUCCUCAACGAUGCCGUGACCGUGGUGCUCUACAAGCUCUUCCGCUCUUUCUGUGAGAUGCCGACCAUCAAAAGCGUGGAUGUUUUUGCCGGAGUUGGAAAAUUCUUCGUGGUUGGGCUGGGAGGAGUUUUAGUGGGGCUGAGUUUUGGGUUCACUGCUGCCUUCACCACGCGCUUCACCAAGGACAUCCGUGUCAUCGAGCCCCUCUUUGUGUUCCUGUACAGCUACCUGUCCUACCUCACUGCAGAGAUGUUCCACCUCUCCGGGAUCGUGGCCAUCAUUUCCUGUGCCAUGGGCAUGAAGCGUUAUGUGGAGGCCAACAUCUCCCUCAAGUCCCACACCACAGUCAAGUACUUCAUGAAGAUGUGGAGCAGUGUGAGCGACACCCUCAUCUUCAUCUUCCUCGGAGUUUCCACCAUUGGAGAAAACCACGAGUGGAACUGGCCCUACAUUUGCUUCACAGUUAUUUUCUGUCUCGUUUGGAGAGCGCUUGGGGUUCUUGUGCUGACUUUCUUUGUGAACAGAUUUCACGUGAACACCAUCACCAGUAAGGACCAGUUCAUCAUUGCCUACGGGGGGCUCCGAGGGGCCAUUUGCUUCUCUUUGGUUUUCCUGCUGCCUGACUUCCACAGGAAGAAGCUCUUCAUUGCAGCAACAACUGUUGUCAUCCUCUUCACCGUGUUCGUGCAGGGAAUGACCAUCCGUCCCCUCGUGGACCUGUUGGCUGUCAAGAGGAAAAGGGAGAGUGCUCCCACCGUGGGAGAGCAGAUCCACAUCCGGUUCUUGGAUCACUUGCUGGCUGGCAUUGAAGAUAUAUCUGGACACUGGGGACAGUAUUACUGGAAAGACAAACUGGAAUAUUUCAACAGCAAAUACCUGCAGAAGAUCCUGCUGAGGGAGUACGACCAGCCCAAGUCCAGCAUCGUGCUGCUCUACGAGAAGCUGGAGCGCAAGCACGCCAUGGAGCUGGCCCAGGCUGGGCAGCUGGGCCACGGCCUCGCCCCCCCCUCCUUCCUGUGA